AGGGCAGCGCGUUCUAUGCAGUUUAUGCUCCAUUCCAAUCGCUAUUAGCCCAAUCAGGCGGUUGUUCUUCCCUUGGGCCCCGGUAGAACCCUAUCACCGAUUGCACAUACCCUCUCAACGUUCUAGAAUCCCAAUCCAACUGGGAGGUAAGUUAAAGGGUCACCCAAUGAGAAUGGAGGUUUGUGAAGAUAUGACUGUGGACUUACCGUUGGCUAAUUUGCGGAAACGUCAAUGUAUGGGUGAUAUGACAGAGCAUCCCAACAGUAAACGGCAAUGUACUUCAUUGGGGAGUAUCGCUAAUGGAAAUGGCGUUUUAUACAAUCAGUUCAAUGAUUGUGACAUGGUGUAUUGGCAAAUGCAGAUGUCAAUGGCUAAAAAGGAGCCUGUGUCAGAAUUUGUUCCCCAAUCUGAGAACAAUAUGGAUUAUAUGCCUGUGGAAAAUCAUGGACGCAGCAGUUCUGCCCAGCAAUGUCCAAGAUGUAUUGCUGGGGAAUCUGGUCACAUAAACCAUAUCCUGGGACUCUAGACAGGAGCUGACUGACCAAUUGAUAUUGAAUCCAGAAGUGAACCUACAUAGAACUAAAAAAACAACAACAACAAA